UUUUUCUCCCUAAAUCACGGUUGGGCGUGGAAUCUGGCACACACAAAGCGAGGCUGCGCCAGAACGAACACUCACUCGAUCACCAGUCUGUUUUUUUGUUUUGUUUUUUUUGGAUUGAAGGAUUGUGGAGCCUCAAAUUAAAGCAGGAGAGGGAAGGAAGGAGGGGAGAGUUUGGGUUCUCAAUGCGAUCACGAUGGGGAGUGUAUUGAUUUGCUGAGCGCACUCCACAAUUGGCUGCAUCUCAUCGCCUCGCACUUCACGCGCGUAACACGCUCGCCUUCGCGGAGAACAUGUGUGUCAUCUGAGCCGGAGGAGAGCGUCUCGUUGACAUAUUUUCCUCUUUUGUUUAAAAAUUAGAGCAGACAAGUGGACGCCUAUUUUUUUUUUUUUGGGAGGUUGUUGUUGCUUUGUCACGCCUCUUUAUUAGAAUUGCAGACACUUGUGCGCCCGCCGCCGACUCGCUUCAUCGGAAAUAUUGAAUAAUUCACGCUACAAUCACGCCUCGUCGCCCCCUCCCUCCCCCGGGUGAUCCUUUCCUGCCUUUCUCCGUACCUUCCCGGUGUCUCCUCGGUGGAUUUAUCGACCGUUGAAGCUGCGCACGCAUCUCGAAUAUCAUCUGUUGCUGCCGCCGCCGUUACCGGAGGAGACCCAAUCCCGGCAUCCUCGGACGCGAUGAUCAAAAAGAACGUUUGGUUGGAUGUUUUCGGCUAAAAUGGACGAAAAGGUGUUGUUACUUUUAUUGCUGCUGCUGUCCUUACAGGCGAUGCUGCGCCCGCUGCUGUGAUUCGAUUCAUCAUGAUCCGUCUAUGCCGACGACCCCCCCUCCCUCAUUGAUCCACGCCGUAAGUUUAAUAGCCGCCUGAACAUUUCGGCGUGAAGUGAUCCAGCGAGGCAGCAAACACAGCAAACCCAACCAAAACGAGAACGUGGAUGUAUCGGCCGGCACCCCACGUCACGCCAGCCCCGCAGCUUUAAUUUCUCCCACUCGGCACGCAAAUGUUGAUGAUGGAGGACGACGAACUGGACGCUCAUCAGGUUGAUUCGGAUUUCGAGCCACAAAGCCGGCCUCGCUCGUGCACCUGGCCGCUGCCAUGCCCGGAGGAUUUCCCCGAGGUCAGCGGGGGGCUCCCGCUGGCUGCCGGCAUCAAGGUGGAGCCCGAGGACGUGCCGGCUUGCCGAGCCGGGCUGCUGCUGGCGGGCGGCGCGCCGGCUGAGCUCAAGCAUCCGGCCGGCGCCCCGGCACCGGCCGGCGCCACGCACCCGUGCCUGGACGCCAGCGGACCGCUGCGCAAAGCCAAGUCGUCGCGGCGGAACGCCUGGGGGAACCAGUCGUACGCGGACCUCAUCACCCGCGCCAUCGAGAGCACCCCGGAGAAGAGGCUGACGCUGUCGCAGAUCUACGACUGGAUGGUCCGCUACGUGCCCUAUUUCAAGGAUAAAGGCGACAGCAACAGCUCGGCAGGAUGGAAGAAUUCCAUCCGCCACAACCUGUCCCUGCACACGCGCUUCAUCCGCGUUCAGAACGAGGGUACAGGGAAGAGCUCCUGGUGGAUGUUGAACCCCGACGGAGGGAAGAUGGGCAAGUCUCCUAGGCGUCGAGCCGUCUCCAUGGACAACACCACCAAAUAUCUCAAGAGCAAAGGUCGCAUUCGAGGCAAGCGGGUGGGACGCCCUGGAAUCGGAGCAGGCUCUGUCGUCGCUGGCUCUCCUGACCAGGGCAGCCCGCCGCAUAAAGGCCUGCCCGGUUCCGGGGGGACGUCUGUGACGGACAGUGAGUUCGACACCUGGACUGAUCUCCACUCCAGGGCCAGCUCGUCAGCCUCCACCCUGAGCGGGCGACUGUCGCCCAUCCUGGCGGAGGGGGAACCAGAGGAACCAGAUGAGGGAGGCCUGUCCUGCUCCACCUCCCCCCACCUGUACCCAUCGCCCACCGCCCGUUCUCCGUCCAUGGGGGCGGGCAACCGCUGUCCUCCCCUUGAACAAUUGCCUCAGCUGGCAAGCCUGACAGGUGCCAUCAGUCUGGAUGAACAGCUGAUGGAGGACAGCUAUCAUCACCAUCACGCACAGCAGCAGCAGCAGCAGCAUCCCUCUGUUGGCAGACAUAAGCACCAAACGGCCAUCUACCACUACAGUUCUGCAGUGAAGGGCCAGUCCUCUUACGGUUCAGGUGGCUACGGCACGCCAGGCAUGGGCAUGAUGCGCCACCACUCGCCCAUGCAAACCAUCCAAGAGAAUAAGCCAGCCAGGUUCUCGGGAACCAUGCGGACAUACUCCGGCACCAACGCCCUGCAGAGUCUCCUGACGGGAGGCUCGACCGGGCAGCCGUACUGCCCCAAGGAAAUGAUGCUGGGCCUGAAGAGGGAAGGCCAUUCCUUGAUGCCGUGCAACGGCACCAACGCUCAUAGCCACCACGCCGGGGGGCACCACGAAGGCCACAACGGACCUCACAGUCACAGCCACAACAGAACUCACAGCCAUACGCCCGUUCACAAUCACAGCUUGAGUCGCGUGGGCCACAACCACACCCCGCCCCGAGCGCUGCUCCUCAACCCAUGCGGCAACCCCCUGCAGAGCUACAAUCACAAAACCCCCUACCUGUAUAGCCCGCCGUCGCACGCCCACCUCCCGGCGUCCACCACGCUGCCGCCUAACCCAGCGGGGAUGCUAGGCAUGCCCCAGGACUCCUGCCAUCUGGCCACGGCGCCGCACCCUCGUCACAAUCACUACCCCGAGCCGCAGCACCAAGCCAUGGCCAACGGAGCCUUCCACCACGGUCAGGGGAUGGUGGGCAGCAACGUCGCCGGCGGCUACCACCACGGCUACCACCAAGCCCACCCGCACGAGAGACUGCCGGCUGACCUGGACAUCGAUAUGUUCCAGGGCAGCUUGGACUGCGACGUGGAGUCCAUCCUCCUCCAUGACAUCAUGGACUCCGGAGAGGAGAUGGACUUCAAUUUUGACUGCUCCCUCGCCCAGGGGGUGGGCAUCGGGAUGGGAAUGGGGAUGGGCGUGACCGUGGGCAUGGGGAUGGGGAUGAGCGGGCUGGCGGGUCCGCAGCAAACCCACAGCAACCAGAGCUGGGUCCCCGGCUAAACUCUGGGACCGGCCAACUGGCGCCCGCUGCAGAACAAUCGUACCCAGAAAGCACUGUGCUCAACUGUGACAUUCCUGACUUGACACAGAGACCAUGUCUUUCUUUGUUGUCUGUCCCCCCUUCCUCUUUUUUGCUCCUCCACCCCUCCCCUCCCCUCCCCUCCCCGUGAGUUAGAGCUCAUAUCUCAUUUGGUAUUUCCUCAUAUCAGCUAAAUUGUGACGACAAUCUCAGCGACAUUGCUUCUCAUCCACCACGAGAGCUGACCUCUCCAUGCACUUUAUCGCAAGUGUGUUCUCAGACCAGCUCUUGUAGAACCUGGCUAAGGUGGUCAAGUGUCAGAAAUCAAACUCAGAUAGGACUCAAAGUCAGAAGCAGGGACCAGAAAGUGCAAGAACCCCCCCCCCC